GUUAUCGAUGUUUGUCCACCUCUACAUGCUGACGCGCGUCUCCAUUGCCGCCAUUUGAAAAAAACGAAGAGUUUGGAGGAAUCCAAUCGAAUCCAACCCGGAUUUUGCAAUUAGAUACAGUCUCUGGAAUGGAGGACAUCUUGGACGUGCUGGGAUCGCUUUCCGGGCUGCAGCACGAGCUGGAGGUGCUGCGCAAGGCCCACUUCGAAGAGCUGGACCAACUCUUCUACGGCAGCACGAAUCCGAGCUCGGAGGCCAAGUCGGCGGACAGUGCGCCGGCGUCCAGGGGCCAGGGGAACAUGUCGGUGACUCCGCAGCAAACGAAGAAGCGGCCCAAGCGCCUGAGCUCUUUGGCCGAGGAUGAGGACGACUCCGAAGCUCCGGACACCACGGCUCGCCCGAGCGUGCGCGUAAGCAAUUCCCAGCUGCUGGCCAUCGCUGAGGGCGACCUCAAUUCCACGGCGUCGCUGAUGCCGCCUCCACCCGUGCCCGCCACGGCGGACACCACCCUCAACUCCGGCCGGCCACAGCGUGCCGCCAAGCUGAAGUCCGAGAAGCUGCUCAAGGAGCCCUCGCUCACCCGCAAAAUGCGCCGGCCCAGUAACGAGGAGAUUGUCAAGGUCAAGGUGGAGAGUGAGCACCGGGCCUCGCAGUUCAACAACUCCUCCAGUGGGCGGGUUGCCCAGGAGAAGGAGCAGCUGCAGCUGGGUCCGGAGCCAGCCACCCUAGCAGCAGCGGAGCAGGAGAAGCCCCAGGAGGAGGCUUCCGAGGACGCCAACACCACGAAGACCUUGCGCGUGAAGGUCAAGCGCGAGAAACUUAGCAGCGAAGGACUGCUCGCUCCAGAUAUAACCACCGCCUCCUCCGUGACGUUGGAGGCCGUACGGCCGGACGAUACUGUGGCCAGCAACAUAACGACCAACAACACAACGACCAACACGGAAGUCGUAAAGAAGGUCCGCAAGAAGAAGAACGUGGAGAACCACCGGCCCAUCAAAGUGGAGCGCUUCAGCGACAUAGACAAGAACUCCCCAGUGUCGUCGCGCACACGCAAGGGAAGCACCGAGUCGCGACCAAACCGGGAACACUCCAUCUACAAGGACGCCCUCGAGGGCCCGCCCAUUGCAGAGCAAUUAGUGGCUGCAGCUGCUCCAGUUGCUGCCAACGAGACGGUGACCAUGUCCAACGCCACCAUGGUGCUGGGUCCAGCACCCACAGGCGACAGUCCCUUGGCACCGACUUCCGAUGUCACCUUCGAGGUGCACUCCGGCGACAAGAAGGCGCCACCACCCAAGCAGGACAGCCUGCUCACGGAGGACGAGUCGGUGGAGGAGAAGCUGCCGCCGACAAAGGUGCUAUCGAACAUCAAGGCCAUCAAGCUGCCAACUCGCACCCACGAGCUCUUCAACCCACUUCUGCAGAGUCCCGUGAAGCUCCGCGUGGAGGCCUUUGAAAAUGCGGCCCAAGCGCAGUCUAAUUUGCGUCCCAAACGAGGCAAAGAUGCGUUGGGCACGCCGGGAUCCAGUAACACUCCCAAGAUUGGCAAGCUUCCCGCUCCGACUGUGGGGCGCUUCUUCACGCCAACUCAGACGGCCAGCACAAUGCCGUUGAGCUCGGCGCAGCCCAAGAAGGUGUCGGCUAGCGCCUCCAAGGCCACUGCCCUGAUGAAGACGGCCACGGGGACGAACCUGAAGUCCGCCAACUCGACGUCCACCAAGACGCUGUCGCGCGAGAACAGCGGCGACGACUUCCGCAAGGGACUGCACAACUUGGCCGAGGAGCGGAAGAAGCUGCGCGAGCAGAAACACCAGCAGGCCGCCCAGCAGCGCGAGGCCAAGGAUCGGGAGCGGGCCGAGCGCAUGGCCAAGUUGGCCGCCGACCGCGCCAAGAAGCAGGAGGAGCGAAAGCGCCUGGAGGAGCGCAAGCGCCAGGAGAUGGAGGAGAUGCAGCGCAAGAUUCGCCAGCAGGAGGAGGCCGAGGCACUCAAGAAGGCCAAGAUUAAGGAGCUGGAGCAGCAGAAGCUGCAGCAGCUGACCGGCGCCAAGCCCAAGAAAAUGCUUCCGCCGCCCCCGAAGACCAAGUACACGUGGGAGAUGCUGCACGAGGACGACUCCACCGACGACGAGGGCAAAGUCACACAUAAGCGCCCCCCUGCACCCUCCUGGAGCCGAAGCCAUGUGAGAGGGGAGGCGAUCGCAAUGCAGAGCCAUUGCCCCACCGACAUCAUCGACAGUUUCUUCUCGGUGGUGCCCACCACGCCGGACCUGAAGCAGAUAUUCCCGAACAUCGAUCCCAGCCAGCUGAAGCGCAACUCCAGCGUGCUGUGGUCGACGCCGCCGCGCUACUCGGAGCUGCCGAAAUACUAGCCACGUAGUCCUGUUCUCUUUACCUGUAAAUGCACAUGUUUAUGAUCGAAUGAAUAAAGAUAAUUGUGAAAACUAAA